AACAGCUCCCACACAUAAGUGUAUUCCGUCUCUUUAUCUGAAAUGCGUCCACUGUCGUCUGAGGCAGAGAAUAAGUCUCAGUUGAAUUACAGAGAUGAUGGAGGAACCUCACGCCCACGAAAAUCUCGUGGCUAAGGCUAGCAAAUUAAAGGGUGAUGAUCCUGAAUCUGGUAGCAAUAGUAGCCAGGAGAGUCUGAACGAAAGCCUUAGUUCCCUAGACGCAGCCAUUAGAACUACGACUGAACUUCCGAGAGAUCCUCUGAUAUUAAACCCUCAAUCACUGGGUAUCUAUCUACUAGAGCCGUUCAUUUUAAUCCUGCUCUUUGCCUAUAACUUUUCAUCAACCGUUUUGAAAAAUGAAGUAAUAUAUCAAAGCUGCACAGCGGGUUUCGGUUAUCCGGAUAAUGUGUGUCAGUUGUUGGGCUCCAAGAAUGCCACAAAUGAGACAAAGCGAAUUGAAGAGAUAGUGCAACCAUAUGCCGCAAAGGUCACUCUGGUAAUGCGAUUAGUGGAGUGCUUUAUUCCAGCCUUUUGUGGUCUCUUCGCCGGAGCAUGGGCGGAUCGUUACGGCCGUAAGCCACUGCUGAUGUUAUCCUUUUUGGGCUACGGUCUGCAGUAUCUCAAUUCAGCCAUAAUAGCCUAUUGCUCCAAGCUAAAUCACGGUUUGGUUAGUCCCUGGUGGUAUGUGCUCUCCAUCAUACCGCCUUCUUUCGUCGGGAGCAGUGUCACCUACCCAGUGGCCGCAGUUUGUUUCAUUGGCGAUGUAUCCGAGGGCAGAGCGCGAUCCUACAGAAUGAUCGCUUAUGAACUGGCCAUAUAUGUGGGCCUGCUUCUUGGCAGCUUUGGUUCUGGAUACGCAUAUGAGGCCACCGAUUCCUAUAUUGUAUUUAGCAUUUCUGCAGUUUCCAUCCUCACAGCUCUCUUCCUAAUAAAAGUCCUACUUCCGGAGAGUUUACCUUUAAGGAGUCAAACAGGAACAGGUUCAAUAACUGACACAAGUGUGAUCUCUUUAUUAAAGAAUCUGUGGAAAACCUGUUGGAAGUCCCGAGAGCACAAAAAUCGCUUUAUUUUGCUUACCAUCAUGGUAGUACUAUUACUAACCGCUUUUGUUUCUGAUGGUAGCAAUUCUGUUUUCUACAAGUUUAUGAGAAUCAAGUUCCAUUGGACCGUAAAGCAGUUUACGCAAUAUGAGACGGUCAGUAUUUUGGUUCCAGCAGUGGCUGGUUUCGGCGGAGUACUCUUCAUUUGGACACUGAGGAAGUGCACCAAAUCAGCAAUCAUUUUGCUUGCCUUGGUCUCCCUGUUGAGUCACUGUUCCAGCAGCCUGAUAAAGGCUUUUGCCAUGGUAGACUGGCAAAUCUAUGUGGCCAUUGGGCUGGGAGUGUUCAAGUCCCUUGUGAAUCCCAUGUGUCGUACCAUGAUCACCAAUCUAGUGCCGGCUGAUGAACGGGGUAAAAUUUUCUCCCUACUUGGUGUCUUGCAAGCACUUUCCCCCCUUAUCUCAUCUACACUGUACGUUGCUAUCUACACCCUUACACUUAACAGUGAUCCGGGGAUUUUCAACUUUUUUAGCGCCUUUCUAUAUGGCAUUGGUAUUAUUCUUCUGGGCAUUGUUUGGCAUACAAAGUCAAGAAAUCAGGUGUAUUAUGAACCGGUUUUUAAAUGAUCAGAUGACCAUACCAAAGUCCAGAAAGAGCAAAAGAAAUCGCCAGUCAUGCCAAAUUUUGUCUAUCCCAGACUUACUCAUUCAUUACCCAUUUCGUACUUAUUUACAUACCUGAUUGUCGAUCAUUCAAAUGUGUGAAACUGUGUGAGGAAUUGCAGUUUCGUUAAUAUCUCGCAAUCUCACUCUCCCUUAACUUGGGAAAAAUUAUUUAAUUACAGAACUCAAAACAUUUUCUCAUUAACAAAAAUAUGGGUUAUUAUUGCUGCAAACCUGUG